AUGAAAUGGCCACUAAAGAUAGAAGGUUUCGACGUAAAGCGUACUCUUUGCUUCCCGCCUUUGCAUGGUAUUGCCAGUGUUUUGCAUGGACGGCCUCCCGCAUGGACGGCCUCCCGCAUGGAUGGCCUCCCGCAUGGACGGCCUCCCGCAUGGAUGGCCUCCCGCAUGGACGGCCUCCCGCAUGGACGGCCUCCCGCAUGGAUGGCCUCCCGCAUGGAUGGCCUCCCGCAUGGACGGCCUCCCGCAUGGACGGCCUCCCGCAUGGAUGGCCUCCCGCAUGGACCGACCACCUUCUCGGAAUUCAUGGAAUUAUUGCGAAUAUAG